AUGGCAUCAAGGGCCAUCCUCAUCCUUUCCUUGUGUGCCACCCUUGGGAUUCUUGCACCAGCAUGCAAGGCCACUGAAUUCGUUCUCUACUCAAAUCCUGCCACUGUCCUCGUCCCGGGCCAAAACUUCUCAUAUGACAUGACCCCCAUCGGCCUCCCUUACGGUCCAGCGGAUCUGGUCAUGCAGAAGGACUGCAACCUGGUGAGCCACUACAAAGGUGAAUUUUCCUGGGCCAGCAACACAAGCGGAGCUGCAGACUACUGCUACCUCACGGUCAGCAACUACGGCGCUGCGGUCAUCAAGGGCAACUACCACUACCCAGUCUGGACCAGCCCCAUCACCAGCAACAUCUCCGGUGACUACGUUCUAAUCCUUCAGUGGAACGGCGGGCUCGCCACCUACGGCCCCAGCAUCUGGUCCAGCACUAACAAAGCAGAGUUCGGCAGCAUUGAGAUCAAGAACGAGACCAAGGACUACGUGGUCUACUCGUAUUCAGUGCUGCCAAUUGGACCCAUAGCCACGUAUAAGGACUUUCAUCUGGUCCUUGAAGACAGCUGCAACCUUGUCCUCCGCCGCACUGAUUCUGGCAAGGUGUUGUGGCAGACCAACAAGUACAGUGACUGCCCAUGA